CGAGAGUCUGCUGCGUUCAGUCGCCCCAGUGCGCUCCUCAGAUUCAGAUACAAACGAACCUACGAGAUACUUUUGCGCGACGCGUGUGUCCAAGUUAGUGAGUGACCAAGAUAGAAAAGUCUUAAAAAGUCUUAAAAGUGACUCGACUCCCAAUCGCGCUAUGCCAGUGUAGUUUAAAAACAAAAUUGAGAUAAAAUAGUGAGCAGAAAUAUAAGAAAUAAAAUAUAAAUAAACAAGAAACCGCAAACAAUGGCCACCUCAACGCUGCAAUCUCCGUCACCGUCGCCAUCAUCCGGUCCCGUCUCGGCCAAGAAUCCGCAGCUGAAGCGCGUCGUCUACUCCAAGUAUCGGGAGCUCCUCGGGUCGUACAAUGAUAAGGCCAAUGCCAUCAUCGACACGCUGCCCGCUUAUAUGGUUCGUCAGGAUCGCGGGUUCCAGCUGUCAGAGCUGUCCGCGAAUGGGGAUGCCAAGAUGGCCCUCGAAUCGUCGUAUGGACAGCGCGGAGGAGGCGGAUCCGGAAACGGGGGCUACGAGGCACCCGCCUGCGUGCAGAACGCGAUGAUGACAAAAGACAAGAAGCCAUUCACCUACACGCCCGGCGGCAUCGAUCUCUCCCAGAUCCGUUCGGAGCGGAUGGCCAAGCGGCUGGCGCGCAACGCCCAGUCGGAGGGAGCCACCGGAGCCGCCCAGCAGAACAGACCCGCCCAGCCACAGUCGCCGGGCGGAGGUGGUGCGGCCAGUUCGAUGGGAGCCGCUGCCAUGGGCAUGCCGUUCCAGGUGCUGCCACCGCCGCCUCCGCCGCCGCAGCAGCAGUCGGGUCCAAGACCGUCAGCAGCCAGCGUGGAAAGCAGUUAUAGCCCUUAUACACCCACUCAACAAGUGCCGCCAGCGGCCAAGACGCCUCCGGUGCAACAGCAGCAGCCCACACCACCGGCAACACCGCCGCAACAGCAGCAACAGUCGGAGCAGCAACCUGCAGCACGACAGGAGUUCCGCAGUGUGGCCAUGCCCACAUCGCCGGCUGUCAAUGUCUACACUCGUCAGACGGACAGUCCUAGAUCGCCUUUCGAGCAGCAGCAGCAGCAACAGCGAUCCACUGAAAGCCCCUUCCGCUUUGCGCAGCAGCAACAGCAGCAGACCCCACAGCAACGUCCACCAACUGCGAUAUCGCCAUUGGCUCAGGUGCAGCAGCAGCAAUUGCAGCAGCAACAACUGCAGCAGCAGCAGCUACAGCAACAACAACUGCAGCAGCAACAGCUGCAGCAACAGUUGCAGCAACAACAACUGCAACAGCAACAGCUACAGCAACAACAACUGCAGCAACAACAGCUACAGCAGCAACAACUGCAGCAGCAGCAAUUGCAACAGCAACAACAGGCAGCUCAGUCAGUGCCCUGGCGUACACAGCGCGUUCAGCCUGCAGCACAACAGGAAUUGCAUCCGCAGCCCAUUUACAACAAUGUUCAGCAACAGCAGCAGCAACAAAGAUCUCGCGAUGUCUUCAGUCCAGCAAGGACUGAAACACCAGCAGCAAACACGUUCAAUUCACAGCAGCAACAGCAGAACUUUGGCACUCAACAAAACCAAUUUGCAGGAGCGUCAAAGCCGACCAACGUUGGCUCGCUCUACAUAGCUCCUUUGGCCCAGCCCACAGAGCCACAGGCUCAACGAAUCCUUCUGCAGCAGCAGCAGCAGGCAUCUGCCCGGGAUUCCCCGAUGCGCCAGCUGCCACAGCAGCAGGGAUCGCCACAGCAGCCACAGGCCAACCAACCGAUGCAGUGGCUCAGAUCGCAGCCGGCCAGCAAGGAGCAGGCUCCUUGGGCUCGUCCCGAGGAGAACGGCAAUGUCCUGCCCUCCACUCUGCGACAGACCACUCCGGCCCCGCAGCCCCAAGUCGUACCUCAACCGCAGCCACAGCAGCAGCAGCAGACAUCCUUCUACCAACCCCAGUUGGCCCAAGGAAAUGGCUUUGGACCAACUCCGAUCUCGACUGUUCAGAAUUUCGGAUCGAAUCCUCAGCCAGGAGGACUGCGUUUGCAGAUCAACUUAAACACCAAUGGCAGCAGCAACAAUGCAAAUCAAAGUGCUCCGAGGGAGCGUAUAAUACCCAUUACCUUAGAGCAGACGCCGACGUAUGCCGCAGCGCAGCCCAACUUUGGUGGUUACCAGAAUUACCCAGCUCAAGGUCAGCGAGUCCUGUCGCCCAGCCAGCAGCCCACCAGUGCCAACAACACCAACGGUAAUGCCACCAGGAUAAUCCCAAUUGCAAUUGAGGGAGGACGCGGUGGUCCAGUUUCCCAAUCGCCGGUGCUGCUGCAAAACGAUCCACGCUCACCGCCCAUCCAAUCGAAAUCGUUUAGAAUAUUGCAAAAGAUAACCGACACCGUGGACGAUGGCAGCGGGAAUGGGGAUUUGCGGCAGGACUCGCGGCAGGACAUGCAGCAGACGCCCCAGGAGGCGGAGUUGCAGCGGCCGCAGUUCGCCCGCCAGAUGAGUGCCCAGCAGGCCAGGAAUAGUCCGACCAUCGAACAGAUGCGGCGCCUACAGAUCGCCCAGGAUCAGCAGAAUAAUCAUCAGCAGUCGGGUACGCCACUAGCUUGGUCCCCGCAAGGUAAUGGCGUCUCCGCUCAGAACCGAUUCACACAACAACGAUAUGAUACACCCCAACAACAACAACAGCAAUAUGUGCCGCCAAGUGAACAGCAAGCUCCGGAACCCAAAAAAUACACCGGCAGCGCUAUACCCAGUCGAUCAUUCAAAAUUCUACAGGCAAUGACAACACCUGAAAAUGCCGACCAUAAAAUUCACUCCGAGCUGGACUCGGAUUUGGAAAAUGUUGAACUGAACGAAUCCCCAAAUAAUAAUAAUAAUAAUAAUAACAAUGGAAAUACUGAAAAUAAUAAUAAUCAUAAUAAGAUUAACAGUAAAACCAAUAAACGUCAUAGCUACACAUCAGCCACACCCACACCCACACCACCACCCUGCACAGAACCCACCAUCCACUCAUCAAACUCAUCCCUCAAUUCGGAUAGCUCUUGUCCCCCACAAGCACCUCGGUCGCAGUCGGUGCCACCGCAUUAUCCCUAUGCCUUUGGCUAUCCAUAUCCCUGGUACAUGCCACCUCCACCGCAACCGGUGAACGGCGAGGCUGCUCCUUGGCCAUAUCCCUAUGCCUAUCCCCCGCCACCACCACCACAACAAUCGGUGGUGGAUGGCAAACAGGCAGAGGUAUUUCCCCCGUAUCCCUAUUACUACCCGUAUUAUCCGCCACCUCUGCCACCCUAUGGACAACAGCCGGGGGAUCCGCAAUUUCCCGCUGGCUAUCCCCAGUUCCAUGCCAUGCCACCCUACGUUCACCCAUAUCCCUAUCCAGUGGCACCCAGUUAUAGCCAGAGUUCCACCGAAGAGAGCAGAGCCAGCAGUGUUCUGCCGGAUAUAAUCAUCACCCCCAGUACCGAUGAUAUUCCCUCGCAGGUGAUCAUGCAGCAUCACAUCCGAGUGGAGCCCCGAGAGCCUCCGAAGCGGGCGCACUCCGUGGAGAUCGAAGAGCUCGUCAGCAAACCGAAGGCCCGAAAUAUCUGCACCAACAAGCACGAGGUCAUGGAUGUACUGAGCCAACGUUUGGCCAAUAUCAACAAAAUUGCCAGCGGAAAUACCCAAGCCAAUCUCUCCAAGCAAUUGCAGAAAAACUAUGCAGGCGAGCAGUCCAAGGAGCUGGGCGAGAGAUCCCCCAGCGAGAAUGCCUCCAACUCCGAUAGCGAAUCGGAGGAGGAGAGCAGCGAUGAGGACGAAGAGGAUACCCCCAAGCUUGGAGCUCGUCCAGCUCCCUUGCAGUCCAUCAAAUCGGUGACAAAUGUGCAGGUCUACAAGGGUAAGACCCUGGAACAGCAACUGGAUUCCGAGAGCAGUGAUGACGAAGAUGAUGUGACCACGGCGGAUGAAAUGUACGAUGAAGAGGAACAGAUUGACGAAGAUCAAGAGGGCCUAGUCGAGGAAAUGGACGAUGAUUACAUUGUAGAGGAAGACCUCAGUGUUAUCUACGAGGAGGAGAGCGAACUGGAACGCAGCAGCGAAUACGCCAAGACAGUCAUUCGAAAAGAUGACUCCAGAUCCACCAUAGUCGAUGAUAUUGAUAAGCAAAUCGAAGAAAAUGAUGAUGAUGACGACGAGGAGUCGAAUUCGGUAACAGUGCGUUUGCCACUCCGUUUCUCGUUUAGCCGCAGCUCCAAUGAUGAAAACAUUGCCACCGUGGAAGUGGGCAAUACAACUCAGAUCGAGGAAAAACAACCGAGCAUCGUCAGCUCGUUCAGUGUGGCCAAAGUGGAGAGCGAGGAUGAGGACGAUGACUGUGAGGUCAGUGUGACCAUCAGUUUGUCGAACUCUUCGCGAUCCAAUUCGGUGGAGAAGUCAGUCCAACCUUAUAAGACCUCCAAAGCCUAUCCCGUGGAGGAAAUCUGCACACCCAUCAAAGUCAGUGAAGAAGAUGUCUCUGCUUCAUUUUCACUAGGCAUGCGUAAUAAAUUCAUGGGCGAUACGAUGGCCAAUGAUGUGACCAAUAAUAUUUCACGAGAUCAAUCAAAAGCCAAGACCGAAGAGGUUAAGGAAGUUGCAAGCUCACCAAAAGAAGAAUUUGAUUUCUUUGCCACUUUAAUGGCCACCAAAAUGCAGGCUCAGAAGAUGAUGGAGCAGUCCAAGAACUUUUGGAAAACUCCCGAGGCCAAGCCAGUGGAAUCGGCAGCUGAAACGCCAAAUCUUCGACCCAAGGAGAAUAUAUCUGCGGCCAAGCCACCAAGACCAAUUUCUGGUGAUAUGUCCAAAACUCAAGCUUCGCUGGAGGCAGCUAAAAAUAGCUUCUGGUCUACCUUUGCUACGACUUCCAAAGAAAAAGAACCCGAAGCGGAGCAAGAGGAAAAAACUGAGGAAGUUGACUUUUGGGCCAGCUUAGAAAAAAAUGAAUCCAUCGAUAAGGAGGAAAAGCAGUGGACCAAGAAAAAGAAAACCGUUACUUAUACUCCCCUACAAAAAGAGUCAGUUACAAAAGUGGAGCACUGGACAACAACGCUCAAGGCUCAGGUGGAAUCAUUGCCCCUGCCGCAAAAAGCCAAAGUGACUUUUGUAGUUGAGGAAAAACCAAAGAAAAUUGAGCAACCCCAAGAGGUGGAUCAAGUUGUAGAAGAGGACUUCUGGGCCUCAGUCAAUUCAACCAAAGUGGAAAACACUGUAAGCUCAUGUUGGGAACACACAACUUACAACUCAGAGCCGCAGAACGAACCGGAAAGCGACAUCUGGCCUUCUCAGGAAGUGACAGAGGAACCAAUCCAACAAGAUCAAGAGGAUGAUGACUUCUGGGCAGAAAUUGAAUCAACUACCAGCUACCAAGAUGAAGAGAAACCCAACGAUUUUACCUAUGACCCCACAAAAUAUCCAGAAGAACCUCGAGAAGUGGAUACCGAUGAAGAGAUUGAUUUCUGGGCCGAGAUCGAAGCGAAGCGGAAGCCAGGUGAAGACGAUGAUGACGAUGUCACGUUCCAUAGGUCAGCAACCUUCUGGGCUCGCAAAGAACGCCAGAACUCGGUGGAGGAGACCCCAUACAAGCCCGUCGAGAUCAAGGCUUUCAGAGCCAAGUUACCAGACGAAGCAGCUGUGGAGAUCGAUGUAUGGGCCACUUUAGAAGCAGCCAGGGGUCACGAACCCGAAAUCGUGGAUCCCGUUUUGGAAGAGGAAAAAGUUCUGGCCGAGCAAUUCGAAGAACUGGAACACGAGAGUUCAGAACAAGAGGACCAGAUUACUGAGAAACUCCAAGAAGUGAUCCCAGAGAGCAAUCUAAGCCACAUGGACACCAUGUCCAUGGCAUCGAUGCACGAACCAGCCACUGUCUAUACCUGGGCUCCACCGCCACAGGAGGCUGAUGAAAACAACGACGAACCCGAUUUCUGGGCAGACAUGGAACAGGAACGAUCCAAGAACGAACAAAUCGAGGAGGCCGAACAGAAACGGCAGAACUACCGCCAGGCCAUGGCCUUCUUCAACACCUCAAUCGAUGGUCAGCAGUCGCCGCCACAACAAACUGCCAGUCCCAAUCGCAGCAGUGUUAUUCUGGAAGUCGAGGAGCCACAAGACAUGGAUCUGGGACCGCCUGGUGAAUACCAGAUAGUGGGCGAAGACGGUCUUAUCGUGGAAGAGCAUAAGCCAGUUAUAUCCGAAACCGAAGAAGAGGAGCGAGGAGCUGCUACUCCCACUAACAUGGAGCCACAACUACCAGAGGUCUAUGUGGAACCCGAACCAGAAGUUAAGCGCUUGUCCAAUGGACUACCUGAUCUAGAGGUGGAGAAGUUCAGUGAAACGCCCAAAAUAUCGGUGCGUGAUAGGAUCAGUGCUUUUGAGGUAGUUCCCACGCCGGGAAGCGAUGGUUCCAAGGGAUUGACCAAGCAAUCCUUAUCAGUGGACAGUGCCCACGGCAAGGGAACCCUUUCGCGCAACAGCAGCACCCAGCGAUCGGAGUCGGAGAUCGAGGAGGAUGACUCUGGGGUGACGGACAUGAACCGUCAGCUGUCCGAGACGGAUACCGAGUCGGAAAGUUUUCCGGAGCUGCGCAAGAUGACCAGCUACCAACGGGCUGCCACACAUUCCAGGCUCUUCAAGCUGCUGCAGGACGAGAACGAUGUUCCAGAGGCGGGAGUUAAUCCAGCUGAUGAGUUUCAGUUAAAACCCAGCCGCAGGAAGAUUGUCCACAAUGUGUCCAUCACCAGGCGUCAGAAUCCUGGAUCCCUUAAUGAUGCGGAGACCAUGACACAGCGCAGGGAGCGCCUCUCGUUGCCGCUUCGAAAGAACACCAGUAUCGAUGCGGACAAUCCCUCGACGCCAAACAGUCCAGCUUCGCCAAUUAUGGGUCCUUCGGCGAAGAACCAGCGCGUUGUGAGUGAUAAGCUGGUCAAUGAACUGGUCCAGAGUCUGCUGCUCAAGAACGACAGUUCACAUUUGAGGAAUCUGCCCAUGGAACGCCUUCAGGCGGCCGCCAAGAGAGCCUUGGUGGAGGAAAUGGACUCGGCGCAGGAGAACAGCUCGCUGGACAGCACGCCGGCACCCACGCCCAAGCAGGACAAGGAGUACUCCGACUACUACAACAGUUGGUGCGAGGCCAGCGGCAGUGGGGAUGAGGUGCUGCCCUCCAAGAGCUUCCGUACUCUGCAGGAUCCACGUCGUAGUCCCUGGACAGUGCGUUGUCCGCGAGUGCUCAGCUCCAAGACGAUCAACCGGGACUUGGCCCGGGUCACAGAGUCCCCGGAAAUUGCGAAUGGAAGGGGCAGCAAGAGUCCGGAGUGCUUCCGCCAGAACUCACACUCACAAUCCCGGGAACGAUCCGUGAGCAGUUGGCGGAGAGUCUAGAACAUGGCAAACGAAUGCCUAUUGUAAAUAACAGGGCGGGUCUAUAGUCUUUAGCUGGGAUGUGAGACCGGUUCAAAUGGCAGAUCGAAUCUCGCCAAGAGAAUCUUUUGCGCCCCGAAUUCGAACGAAAUAAAAAGCGAACUUAAAUCGAUUCAGGCGGAGUACUUUGGUACCAAUGCCUUUGGUUACUCCAACUUCUGGUUCAAAACAUGCAGAAUCAAGGGGGUAAAGCUUGAAGCAUUUCCGAACCGGAUUCCACUCCCGAACUUUUGGUAAAUUAAGCACCUUCUGCAUUUGGCCGAAACUGUCACUGCCCCUGGGAAUGGCUGAUAAAAGUGCCACUUAUUGCAUUUCUCAUCUCAUUAUUAUCAACACACCCAUUCACAUUGUACAUUAUGAAUAUCGAAUACACUCAAUACAUUAAUAAACUAAAUCUAAUUAAACAUGUAAAUAAACCAAUUGAAACCAAUGAAAGGAAAUCGUUCAUUCGUUCGUUCGUUUGUUACCUCAGUAAAGCGCAAAACCAAAAUCAUUUUCUAAAACUACAUGAGUAUUUCAAAAUUAGUAAACAGUAACUCAUGAAAUCGAACCAAAUAAUAACAAGCAUAUAAAACUGGAAAAAAUCUAUCAAACGCCACAAAAAACAACAAAAUAAAAACCAAUUUCAUCUCAACUCAAUGAUUUUGUAAAACUCGUUCAAAAUCCUAAGGACCUGGACAAUCGGAUCUAUAAUUAUUUCUCAACGCCAUAGAAAUCAAUUAUAGCAACUCAACAGCAGCAAAUAUAAAACGAAACUGAAAAUCAAUCAGAUUGCUUGUUAUAGUUAUCUAGUUUAAGUACCAGACACUCUAAGGAUCGCCACAAUCAAAUAACUUGGGAACGGGAACAAGUUUUUAGUAAAAUUUCUUUACACUAACAAACACCAUUGUAACUGAAGAGGAAUGUUUUAUUUUUGUUUAACGCGAUUUGAUAGCAGCACUAAAACCAAACAAAACAAUUCUAACAAAAUUUCGAAACAAAUAGCGAAAGCGAAUAUUUACUAAUCCUAAACGUUAAGAUGAAGAAUGCAGGUGCAUUGAGGUAACAACGAAACGAAAAAAAUCUAAGAAACCGACUAUGCUUGAUAUGUAUCCGGAUAACACGAAAGCGCACAUCAAACACGACUAAUAAUAUAUUACACAUUUUUGUUACUUGCGAACAUUAUAAUUUCAUUCUUGAAGAUUCUUUUGUUUGUCAUCAAUAUUUAUUCAUUUACUCAGUUCGUAUGCAUACGAAUGUUCUUUAAAUUUAAAUAUUUUUGAUUAUUAUUAUUUGAUAUAUAUAUAUGAA